GAUCCCUCUACAUCUUCUGGGACCGACGCUGUGGCCAAGAGGAAGGCACCCCUCCCAUGUGGAUCCUUUCCCCAGAGAUGCCCGAUCCUAGAAAGCUCCGAAACCUCCAGGAAGAGGAAGGAUGCCAUGCUUGGGCCACUUGGGCGACGGAGCAAGAAGCCAUUGCGGGUGUCCACAGCUGGACGAGCUUCGAUCCUUGCUGCACCUCUCGGGCUGGCACGGGGUUCCAGGCAAGGGUAGUAAGCUUCGAGAACGACAGCAUUCAGGUGUCCGGACUUUGCGAUACUGACGGUGGCAUGAGGCUUGCGAACCGAGUCUUCCGGAUCGAGGGCACUACGGUCACUGGUCGAUACUGGUACUCCAGCCAAUGUUCCGGAGAGCAUUGCUACUACGAAGUGCAGGUCCCAGAAGACUUUGAAAGCCAUGCUCGGGAGCCCGAAGACAACUUCGAGGACGGGGGAGAGCCGCGAGGGUAUGAAGAUGAGGAAGACGACGACGCAGAUGAUCUGCUUGUCACCGCACAUUUAAUUUCCGGCUUCGCCCUCCUGGCUAAGUGCUUUCGCCUCGGCGACGUGGAAGUGGUAGCGAUUGGCACCGAUCCGUACCGCAAAGCCGCUCCCAUCAUGUUGGUUCUGCCGAACCACAGCCUCAGCAUUUACACACGGCUCUGGUGCUGUUACGAGGCUUUCCUCGCGUAUUCCUGGCGAAAGACCAUUCGGGUUGCAAAGCGGCACCAUGACGGACUUUGGUGGUGCAUGCUCCGGCUCGGAGGCUUGUACGUUGCAGCUGCUGGGGCGACGUGUUUGUUGCCGAUGAGGGUCGACAUGGCCGUCAUCGGAGAGCUCAACACGAUUCUUUCGGUUGCUGCAGGCAUCUCCUAUGUUCUGGCGGCGGCAUUUGUGCAGAAAGGGAUCUUUGGGGCCCUUGCCCUGGCCUUGAACGCACUCACCGGCAUCUGCCUAAGCACUGGCCUGCUGGGCGGAUACAUUGCUGCCGUGGGUCUGCAGCGUGAGAUGUUCUAUUCUGGGCAAGACCUGGGGCGCCUUUUGACCUGGCUCUGUGGGCUUGUCAUCACCUACUGCCUGGAGUUUGACCGGAUCAUGGCCUGCGAUGCCUCGCUUAGAAGCAAGCUCCUGCGGAAAGACUUCUCCGGCAGACUACUGGAUGCGAGGUGCUCAUCGGACUCCGACAGAGAGAGUAUCCUCGAGGAGCUGUCGCAAAGCGGAAAGGCGAAGGAGGUCGAAGAGGCUGUAAAGUUCCUCCUGCAAAUGAACCUCAUGACGCCGGAGCUGCAACGCACCACAGCUUUAACAGGCGAGCUGGGAGAUGUCUCCCUCUUCAAAAGCUCUUGGGUUGCUGUGGGCGUCAUGCUCUGGGUGGCUCUCCCCAUCCAGACUUUGACAACUCCCGGCCUGACCCCGCUGCAGCAAGUUCCUGCUGCCGCGAUGCUGGUUCAGGGAUGCCUUUGGCUAGCUUUCUUCCCACGGCUGAGUGCUGAACGGAAGACUUUUGCCUCCGUCACCCUGAACUUUUGGGAACUGCUCGGCGCCUGUAUCCUUGUAGUCUUCCUGAUCGAAGGCUCUGCUCAUGUCGACUGGUACCUCAUUCCAGGCGCCCUGAUCGUGAGCCCUUUCUGCCUCUCCCUGUCCAUUGCUGGGCCGUCCCGCAUUGCUCGAAUUCCCACCCUGGGAGUUCCGGUGGUGCGGUUUUUCCUCGGUCAAAAGCAUCGUCAUCUUUGCCCUGAACGGCGAAGCCGUCAGGGGAAGAGCUCUCCGGAAGACGUCCAGGACGCGACCGUGACCGUGGACAUCUGUUCGGAGGUUCCCACAUCACCCCGAAACACACCCCGAAAACCCAACUCUACAGCGACUCUAGGGUCCAAGUGUUCAGCAACUUGA